CCUGUCGUCACUUCCUAGUACAGCGUGUUUCUGGAGGUCAGAUACAUGAUGUAAAGACGAUCUGUAAACGAACUAAGACUAAAACGUCAUUGAACAUUAGUUUAUUACCAGAAUUAAACACUUCUGAUGUGUUGGCAAGAGACAUCGGAAGUGGUAGAUUACGUCAUUUUUCAUCAUUUUAUUUUAGAUUUUGGCUGUUCCGACAUAGCUAACGUUAUCUCAGCUAGCUACCUCGAGGGAUAGUCUCUUCCUGACCCCAGAAUUGUCCAGGUAUCCUCGGUCUUCAACCAUGGACAACAACUCACAAGGAUCAGGUGGAGUCAAAUCAGGUCUUGGAAGCCUUUUUGGAGGCGGUUCGCCUGGAUACUCCAACAAUGACCUCGCCGGUGUUUCUUUGACAGGAAUGAGCCCUCUGUCACCAUACCUUAAUGUCGACCCACGCUAUCUUGCUCAGGACACAGAUGAGUUCAUUUUACCCACAGGCGCCAACAAAACCAGAGGGAGGUUUGAACUAGCCUUCUUCACUAUCGGCGGAUCUUGUAUGACCGGAGCAACAUUUGGGGCUUUUAAUGGUCUUAGAAUGGGCAUCAAAGAGACCAGAGACAUGGCCUGGUCCAAACCUCGUAAUGUACAGAUUAUUAACAUGGUGACCAGACAGGGUGCAUCUUGGGCCAACACAUUAGGUUCUGUUGCUUUGUUGUAUAGUGCUUUCGGUGUAGUGUUUGAAAAAGCGAGAGGAGCAGAGGACGACCUCAACACAGUGGCUGCUGGGACAUUAACGGGGAUGCUCUUCAAAUCAGCAGGUGGAUUAAAGGGUGUAGCCCGUGGAGGUCUGGUGGGCUUAGCCUUAUCCAGUGCCUAUGCUCUCUACAACAACUGGGACCACAUCACCAACUCGUCCUCCUCCGCCUCCUCUCGCCUGUACUAGUGUUUCCCCCACGCUUCUGCUUUUAUAUUAGGGCCAAAUAUAUUUUUGUCAGGACACAGCAUUUACGGUAAGCAGCAGAUUUCCCCCAAAGUGUAAAGUGGCUCCACUUGGUUGCCUUCCACCCAUUAGCACCCAUCCUGUCCUGAAGCAUUCAAGGAUUUGAAAACUGUCUGGACAAAAUAAAUUCUGAAAUUGUGGACUACAUUAAUCUGAUGGUCAGGGUUUCAACAAUCACAAAAUGGCCUAAGAAAAGUUCCUGUCACUGGUUUGGUCAUUAACAGGAACGCCGAGGAGACGGAGCUCACUGGUGUUUCCUACAAUAUCUGAACCAUGACACUGAUUGGACGAAGGGAGCUGUUAUAAUGUUGGUGGCAUCAGGGGAGUGUUGUUGUGACUUUGGACUGAAAGACUGUUGUCAGAGUUUUAUUAAAGACAAACACACAGAAAAUAGCCUGAUGGGUAAUUCUGCUCUUGUAUUUAUUGAAGUAAUGUGCAUUGGCGUCUGUCACUGCAAGAAGAAAUCGGUGUCAAGUUCUACUGGAAGUGUAUGCUGGUACUGUUUUCAUAAAUCACACCAUAUUAAAAGUGACUACAACAAAAA